CACCGCCGCCGCCUGGGGCUCCCCCGUCCCUGCGGAGCCAACAGCAGCUCCAGCCACCGGCGCCUGGUCUCCCGGCGCUCGAGGCCCAGGAGCCGCGGGCCAGGACGCCCCCGAGGGUGUAGACCGCGCCCCAAGAGAGAAUGAUGGUCUUCAAAAUGAAGACUGGAGAAUUUUAAGUUCUCUAUAGGAAUUACAAAAAUUGAAGGAAAGAAAAUUUUCAAAAGGAAAUUGUUUUGAAAAGUAUGUUUACAACUAACUGAUUCUAUUGACUAUUUUUUUAAAUAAUAAAAUACUUUGAGAAGAUUAUAUUUAUGGUAAAAGGAAACUGGACUAACAAUGAGGCCAAAGACUUUUCCUGCCACAACUUAUUCUGGGAAUAGCCGACAGAGACUACAAGAGAUCCGUGAAGGGUUAAAGCAGCCAUCCAAGUCUUCGGCUCAGGGGCUGCCCGUGGGACCAAACAGUGACACUUCCCUGGAUUCCAAAGUCCUGGGGAGCAAGGAUGCCACCAGGCAGCAGCAGAUGAGAACCACCCCGAAGUUUGGACCUUAUCAGAAAGCACUCAGGGAAAUCAGAUAUUCCCUGUUGCCUUUUGCCAAUGAAUCAGGCACUUCCGCGGCUGCAGAAGUAAACCGGCAAAUGCUGCAGGAAUUGGUGAAUGCAGGAUGUGACCAGGAGAUGGCAGGCAGAGCACUCAAGCAGACCGGCAGCAGGAGUAUUGAAGCCGCCCUAGAGUACAUCAGUAAAAUGGGUUACCUGGACCCCAGGAAUGAGCAGAUCGUACGCGUCAUUAAGCAGACCUCCCCAGGAAAGGGCAUUGUGUCCACCCCGGUAACAAGGAGGCCCAGCUUCGAAGGCACAGGUGAAGCGUUCUCAUCCUACCACCAGCUGGGAGGUGCAGCCUACGAGGGCCCAGGCUUUGGCACAGAUGGCCCCGCGGGACUGGAGGAGGUGCCACGGCAGUAUAUGGACUUCCUCUUCCCAGGAGUUGGUCCCCACAGCCUGCCUGGCCACCAGCACCCCCCCAAAGCCUAUGGUGCCAGCAUGGAGGCAGCGGGAGCACAUUUCCCGGCCACCUGCCCCACCGGUCCGUCCCUGCCACUUCCAGGUGCACACUAUGGCCGCACGCACCUCCUAGUACCCGGGGAGCCUCUGGGCUACGGUGUGCAGCGCAGCCCCUCCUUCCAGAACAAGACGCCGCCCGAGUCGGGGGGCUAUGCCGGCCUGACUGCCAAGGGCCAGGGGGCCCCACCAGGCGCGGGCAUCGCCUUCCCCACGCCCACUGCCGGACUGUAUGGCCCGCAUGCGCACCAUAAGCAGGCUGGCCCCGCAGCCCACCAGCUGCAUGUGAUGGGUUCCCGGGGCCAGGUGUUCACUGGCGACAGCCCACCACAAAGCUUGCUGGUCCCCUCAAGAAACAGCCUCAAUGUGGAUCUGUAUGAGCUGGGCGGUCCCCCUGUGCAACAGUGGCCAGCAACUACACUGGCCCGCCGCGACUCGUUACAGAAGCCAGGCCUGGAGGCUCCACGCCAGCACGUGGCCUUCCGGCCUGACGGCCCAGGACCCAGCAGGACCAACUCCUUCAACAGUCAGCAGCCGCGAGCUGGUGCACCAGGCCAGGCCGAGCCUUCCCUGCCUGCCCCAAACACUGUCACAGCCGUGACUGCCGCGCACAUCUUGCACCCAGUUAAGAGCGUGCGGGUACUGAGACCUGAACCACAGACAGCCGUGGGGCCCUCCCACCCUGCCUGGGUGCCCGCACCUGCCCCAGCCGCUGAAGGCCUGGACUCGAAGGAUGAGCACGCCCUGGGCCUGGGAGCCACUGCUGUCUACCCACUGGAUGUGGAGUACAGUGGCCCAGACCGCAGAUGCCCACCUCCACCCUACCCCAAACACCUGCUGCUGCACAGCAAGUCCGAGCAAUACGACCUGGACAGCCUAUGUGCCGGUGUGGAGCAGAGCCUCCGUGCGGGCCCAACUGCAGAGCCUACGGAGAGGAGCGACAAGAGCCACAAAAGUGUCAAGGGGGACAAAGGUGGCAAGGAUAAAAAGCAGAUCCAGACUUCUCCAGUACCAGUCCGCAAAAAUAGCAGAGAUGAAGAGAAGAGGGAAUCCCGCAUCAAGAGCUACUCCCCCUAUGCCUUUAAGUUCUUCAUGGAACAACACGUGGAAAAUGUCAUAAAAACCUACCAGCAGAAGGUCAACAGGAGGUUGCAGCUUGAACAAGAAAUGGCCAAAGCUGGACUCUGUGAAGCUGAGCAGGAACAGAUGAGGAAGAUCCUUUACCAGAAGGAGUCAAAUUAUAACAGACUAAAGAGGGCCAAGAUGGACAAAUCCAUGUUUGUGAAAAUCAAAACCCUGGGGAUCGGUGCCUUUGGAGAAGUAUGCCUUGCUUGUAAGGUGGACACUCAUGCCCUGUAUGCCAUGAAGACCCUGAGGAAGAAAGACGUCCUGAACCGGAAUCAGGUGGCCCAUGUCAAGGCCGAGAGGGACAUCCUGGCUGAGGCAGACAAUGAGUGGGUGGUCAAACUCUACUACUCCUUCCAAGACAAAGACAGCCUGUACUUUGUGAUGGACUACAUCCCUGGAGGGGACAUGAUGAGCCUGCUGAUCCGUAUGGAGGUCUUCCCUGAGCACCUGGCCCGGUUCUACAUUGCAGAGUUGACUUUGGCCAUCGAGAGUGUCCACAAGAUGGGCUUCAUCCACCGAGACAUUAAGCCUGACAACAUUUUGAUAGAUCUGGAUGGUCACAUCAAACUGACAGAUUUUGGCCUCUGCACUGGAUUCAGGUGGACUCACAAUUCCAAAUACUACCAGAAAGGGAACCACAUCAGACAGGAUAGCAUGGAGCCCAGUGACCUCUGGGAUGAUGUGUCUAACUGUCGAUGUGGGGACAGACUGAAGACCCUGGAGCAGAGAGCACGGAAGCAGCACCAGAGGUGCCUGGCACACUCCCUGGUUGGAACCCCAAAUUACAUCGCACCAGAGGUGCUCUUGCGCAAAGGGUACACUCAGCUCUGUGACUGGUGGAGUGUUGGUGUGAUUCUCUUUGAGAUGCUGGUGGGACAGCCGCCAUUUUUGGCUCCUACUCCCACAGAAACCCAGCUAAAGGUGAUAAAUUGGGAGAACACGCUGCACAUUCCAUCCCAGGUCAAGCUGAGCCCCGAGGCAAGGGACCUCAUCACCAAACUCUGCUGCUCUGCUGACUGCCGCCUGGGGCGGGAUGGGGCAGAUGACCUGAAGGCCCACCCUUUCUUCAGCUCAAUCGACUUCUCCAAUGACAUCCGGAAGCAGCCCGCCCCCUACGUUCCCACCAUCAGCCACCCCAUGGACACCUCAAAUUUUGAUCCCGUAGAUGAAGAAAGCCCUUGGAAUGAGAAUAGUGAAGGCAGCACCAAGACCUGGGACACUCUCACCUCCCCCAAUAACAAGCACCCUGAGCAUGCAUUUUACGAAUUCACCUUCCGGAGGUUCUUUGAUGACAAUGGCUACCCUUUUAGAUGCCCAAAGCCUUCAGGAACAGAAGCUUCGAAGUCUGAGAAUGCAGAUUUAGAAACUUCUGAUCUGGUGGACCAGAGCGAAAGCUGCCAGCCAGUGUAUGUGUAGGCUGUGACCAGGUGCCCACAGCUCGUGUCUUCAGAGCCCGGGAGCCAUAGCAGGUUCCUGAACAGGCAGAUGGGAAGUGCAGCGUGACUUUGCAAUAAGUCUGUUGAUUAAUCACUUGAAAUUCUGGUCUUCACCAAGAAAACCCCAAACCAACAAGAAACUGAAGAAAAAAAAAAAAAGAGAGAGAGAGACUAAGUCUAGCAGAUCUUCUUUUCUAGAUUCUGUUUGAUGGGUGUCAGGAAGGUUCAACAGGUCUUGGGAUUGGCUUUGAGGGCCUUCACUGCAUUAAAAUAAGAUUUUUAACAGUUUAGUACAGUUUAGAAAGAGCACUUAUUUUGUUGAUAUCCAAUUUUUCUUACUAAAUUAUAGGGAUUAACUUCGACAAAUCAUGCUGCUGUUAUUUUCUACAUUUGUAUUUUAUCCAUAGCACUUAUUCACAUUUAGGAAAAGACAUAAAAAACUGAAGAACAUGUGAUAAGAAAUCUCUGUGCAAUAAUGUUUGAAAAAAAAAAAGAUAAAGCUCUGCUCAGAUGUCACGGAGACUGUUUUAUCCACACAAUGGUUUUUGUUUUGUAUUUUUUCCCACAUUUCAAAAUUGUGAUAUAAUGUUAAAAGCUGCUUUUAUUAUAAUUUUUUUUUGCUUUUUGCAUAUUAUAGUAUAAUAGAAAGUGUGAGCAAAGUGAUAUGGGUGUGAUUUCAGGUGUCUGGCGUGUGGAAAGUACUGCAUGAGCAGGGUUUUUCUAUUAUAAAAUUACCGUAUCUUGCCAUUCACAGCAGGUCCUGUGAAUAUGUUUUUACUGAGUGUUUUUAAAUGAGGUAUUUUAGACAAUGUGCUGAUAAUGUAUUGUGUGGGUGAAUUCUUCCUUAUGAUUGUAUCCCUUAUUGUUUUGUUAAAGAAAUGCAGAUGUGUAACUGAGAAGUGAUUUUUGUUUGUGUGUUGUCUUGGGUAUGAUUGGAUUCUUUGGGGAGUAAACAUAAACAUUUGUCAUGUACUAAACUUAUAUACAUCAAAAGGGAUUAAUUCAGCUAUACCAAAACAUUUUAAGUUAAUCAUAGAUCUGUGUCUAUUUCUUGCUCUUUUCAUUCUUGGUAUAGCUGGCAUGUGGAAUCCAGUAGCUACCCUACAACUUAACUUUUUCACCAACAGCCCACACUGAAAGCUUAAAUGAACAUUAGUCCUCCUGUUUUUAGACAGCUGAGAUGAAAUUGAACAAUCUUAUGGUUCUUUCCACAUUUUUUUUAGUGUGCUUUGAAGUAUCAAAGCUUGGUUUAAACAGUUUAUUUACACAAAUGUAUUGUUUAAAUCAUUUAAACAUUUUUCUAAAUGUAUUCUUUUGUAAAAAAACAAAAAUUCUUCAAAGUAACAUUGGAAUAAAAAAACAAUUAAGCCAUACAUAUUUUCUUAGAUGUAUAGGUGUAUAUAUAACUAUAUAGAUAAACACAAAAUAUUCCUUAUUUCAAAUUAGUAUGGUUCCUAUUUAAAGUGAUUUAUAUUUGAGUAAAAAGUUCAAUUCUUUUUUGCUUUUUAAAAGAACUGAUGCAUCAUAUUUUUCAUUAUAUUAUUCCACAUAUUUUUUCCUUGAAGUUCUUAGUGUAAUGUAUCCAUUAUUUAGUAUAUAUCUAGCAACAACACUUAUAUAAGUUUAUCAAUGUCUAAAAAAAAAUGAUUCCUGUGUACUGGUUUACAUUUGUAUGAAUGGCAUAUUCUGAAGUCUGCUGUGCUUGUAUCAUGACUUACAGUAUUUUCUCUAUUUUAUAGUAAUGCCAUGUUGUUAUUUACAGCGCUCUGACAUACUUUCAUGUGGUAGGUUCUUUCUCAGGAACUCAAUUUAACUAUUAUUUAUUGAUAUAUCAUUUGCCUUUGAAAAGCUUCUACUGGCACAAUUUAUUAUUAAAAUUUUGAGUCCAAAUGCCUUA